UCCUGGUGCGGACGCACCAUGUGGAGUAUGUUGACGGGGGGAUCCUGGACCCAGAUGACAUGCUGACAGACCUGGUGGAGGACAAAGACAAGCUGAAGGCUGUGUAUGAGAAGAUGGAGCUCCAACAGAGGGCGAUGUUGAGUCCCGGAGGGAGUGUGGCGUCCGGUCGCUCCAGCCCUGACCCCUCAGAACCUGAGCUCAGCGUCCUGCAGCCCUACCUGGGCAGUGAGAUAGAGGUUACCCCCUCCACCCUCAAAUCAACCACUCCUCUAUGUGUGCGAAGCAGCAGUGACCCCGCCCUCGCCCCGCCCCUGGAAGUCAUUUCACUGGACCCUGAGGACACCAGCAGACCCCAGUCCACUGGUGUUGGUCAUGCAACCACUUUGAAGGGAGGAGCCAUGGACAAACCCAAGGCGGACGUCCCAAACUCCUGGACUGGACAAGUCAACUUAAGCAGUCUAACACGGACGGUGGAUAUUUCUGGAGACCUCGGGCCUCUGGGCAUCAAAGUCAUAUCACAUUGCUCUUCACUGAGUGGAAGGACUCUGGGGCUAAAUAUCCGAGCCAUCGAGAAGAACAGCCGCUCCGAACAAGAGGGGAUCUUUGAAGAGGACGAGUGCAUCGUGCAGAUCAAUGACACCGAGUUAAUAGACAAAUCCUUUGCUCAGUCUCAAGAGGUGUUUCGCCAAGCCAUGUCUUUACCCACCAUGCGUUUGGAGGUGCUUCCUGUCGCCAACAGGCUCCGGUAUGAGAAGAGCCUCAUUGGGCAGCUUUUCAACAACACUGAACCAAACCCUGUGGUCCCUAAAGUCAAGAGUCCUUUCUUGGUUCAUAAACUCAAAAGCAAUACAUCUACGCCAUCUCCAGAGCCUCCUGCCUCACAAAUCCCACCCCAAAAGGAGGAGGAGAUUCAGCCUGCAAGACACACCCCCAUUGAAACAGAUCAUCGCAGAGCCACGCCUUCUCCUCCGGUCAGCACGUCACCGACCCUGAAAGAUCGCAGUGAGAGCCCCGCCCCCAAAAAGACCCCCGCCCUUGCCACACUAGUUAAUAUGAUCAACAAAAAGCCUGGGAAGAAAAUGAAGAUCGAUUUGAAGAAAGGUACGGAGGGCCUUGGAUUCACCGUGGUAACCAGAGACUCGUCCCUUCAUGGUCCAGGACCCAUUAUGGUCAAGAGCAUCCUGCCCCGCGGAGCUGCUGUUAAAGACGGACGGCUCAAGUCUGGAGACCGUAUCCUGGAGGUAAAUGGAGUGGACAUCACAGGACGCACACAAGAGGAACUGGUGGCUAUGCUGCGGAGCACCAAACUGGGAGAAACCGUGUCUCUGGUAGUUGGAAGACAAGAGGAGCUUUUGCCCAGAGAACUGAAAGGAGAGCCAUCAGGUCCGCUUCUGUCUGAGGAUGGGCGAGAGCAGCUGAUGUUUGAAGUUCCUUUGAAUGACUCCGGCUCAGCUGGUCUAGGGGUCAGUCUGAAGGGUAAUAAGUCUCGAGAGACUGGAGAAGACCUGGGCAUCUUCAUCAAGUCCAUCAUCCACGGCGGUGCCGCACACAAGGACGGUCGCUUGCGUAUCAAUGACCAACUGAUAGCUGUUAAUAGCGAGUCUCUGCUCGGACGGUCCAACCAUGAUGCCAUGGAAACCCUGCGCCGCUCCAUGUCGACUGAAGGGAACCUCAGAGGAACCAUCCAGUUGGUGGUUCUGCGUGCUCUGGAGCACUCGCCUGUACAGGAAAAUCAAGAAAGCAGUCAAACUGCCACCAGAAACGACUCUCCUGUUCAUCAUCUUCCUAACAGCAACCACACCAACAGUUCCGUACCACCAUCCACAGCAAGCAGUCGUAUGUACGAGCCUUCUUCUGCUCUGCACGGAUCCCAUGGCGGACGACAGGAACUUCUGGAGGAAGAUUACGAUGAAGACGGUUUCCCCCCUCCACCUUCUGAUCUGGACCUGCUGGAAACAAACCCUCCGCACAAGCACCAACAAGAUCGGGCUGAAAUGGAGCCUGUUUCAUAUAUGAUCCACCCCACCAACCAACAAAACCCUCAACGACAGAACAACCCAGAUUACCCCACCAACAAGUCCUCCAAGAGCAUGGAUUUAGUAGCGGAUGAGAGUAAUGUGGCCUCCAUUCAAGGACAUAGAUCUGAACCCCUCUCUUCUAACGGGACGGCGCUGGGACCCAGGUUAGGUCUGCAUAAGUCCAGUUCUCUGGAGAGUCUCCAGACAGCGAUGGAGGAGGUCAGUAAGGACGAGGUGCCCUUCCAUCGUCCACGCGCACACAUGGUGAGGGGCCGAGGCUGCAACCUCAGCUUCCGCUAUGCCAUCGACAAGUCCUACGAAAGGCCUUCUGAACCUGAGGAUGAUGACUCUGAGGAAGACUCCGGAAGAGACACGCCUGCCAGCAGCUCCUCUCGACAGGAAGUAGAUGAUGACAAGAAGGUAAAGAAAAAGAAAACCAAAAAGAAGAAAGAGAAAAAGAGCAAAAAGAAGGACGAGCCUGAAGACCCUGAGAAAAAGACAAAGAAAAAAGGAUUUGGAUUGUUGAGGUUUGGGAGAAAAAACAAAUCCAAGGCUAAAGAACUGGGAGCUUUGAGCGAAGAGGAGGUGGACAAGAGUGAACCUGAGAUGUUUCUGUCAAAGAGUGAAAGGAGCAGCCCUGCUCUUGACCGCGCCAUCUUCCCGAACGUCGAAGACGAUGACCUGGAUCCCAACUAUGCUCGCAUCAACAAUUUCAGAGAACCUCCCGCCUCCAGCCACUCCCCCUAUCCACCUGGAACUCCCACCCAUAACUACAGUCAGCCUACUCUCCCCACCCCCAACAGAGAACCACCCAAUGAGGACGCGCUAGAGGGGCUUUAUGCAAAAGUGAACAAGCAAAGAACCGCUCCUCCAAAGACUGACAGUAAUGAAGAACGAUUGCAGCAAAUCAGGAAUCAGCUUCAGCAGGUGAGACCAGCUCCAUCCUACGACGACCUGACAGCCCGAAGACGACCGGAGUACGACCUUUCACGAAUCAGAGGGCCUGAUCCACGAAUAGCUCCGAGAUACAACGACACCGAUCGACUAUAUGCCUCCGUGCCCAGGAGGAUGCCCAUGGAGGACUACCCGAACCAGAACUGGGCCAACCAGAGAGACCCUGUCCACUACCCCAACCCCAUCUACGAGACCCAUCAAGACAACUAUCCUCCACGCUCUCCCCGGUUGCCUGUACCCAGACCCGCGGAGGCCACGGGUGGUUACUACCCCACAUCUCCAGCCCAACAGAGGGGUCCCAUGAGGCAGGAUGUCCCUCCCUCUUUGAACCCAGGUGCCAAAGCCCCACCGCAAUACGAAACGCUAAAACAAGGGAACUAUCGGGCGGCCAGUCCUGAUCGUUACGGGCCAUACGGAGAUGAACAAUACCAAGAUCCCCGGCAGAAAAAACCAAUGAUUGGAGCCGUCUAGAGGAGGAGGAUGUAAACAACAAAACGGGCUAAGUUACACAAAUAGCUGAUCCGAUAUCAAAUUCUCGAACUGUUUUGGCUUUUGUUGUCAUGCCUUUUCUUGUAUCUUAGGUCGAGGUUUUUACAUUCUUGGCAUUUGUUUUCCCAUUCAGCCAUUCUAUCGUAGUGCUGCAUGAAAUACUGCCCCCUAGGUGCAAUACACAAUGCUCUAUGCACAGGGCUCUUGUAGUGCAUAAUCGUUGUUGUUGGAUCAUUGCUUUAAAGUGCACCUAUUAUGCCCCUUUUUACAAGAUGUAAUAUUAAUCUUGAGUG